AUGCCUCCAUUUCUUACACUCUUUGUCCUGUCACUAUCACUUGUCAGCGCAAGCCCAGUCGCUGUCCCUCGUGCCGCGGGAGACACUCGAAAUGAUCUAACGAAUGCUUCUGGAUGCAAAGCGAUGACGGUCAUUUUCGCGAGAGGCACGACAGAAACAGGAAAUGUCGGAACACUGACUGGCCCUCCAUUCUUCAACGCUCUUGACUCAGCGAUGGGAGCAGGACAAGUCGCGGUUCAAGGAGUUGAAUAUCCAGCAGACAUCCCGGGAUUCCUGGCAGGCGGUGAUAAGACGGGAAGUGCAAAGAUGGCCCAAUUGGUUACGCAGACGUUGGCAAAGUGUCCAGAUACAAAGAUUGUGAUGAGUGGUUACAGCCAAGGAGGUCAACUUGUACAUAAUGCGGCUGAUAUGCUUGGUGCUAGCGCUUCAAAAGUUAGCGCAGCGAUUAUCUUUGGAGAUCCAGACAAUGGAAAAGCUGUCGGAAGCGUUGGGGCUGCAAAGACAAAGGUCUUCUGUAAUGCGACCGACAAUAUUUGCCAGGGUGGGGCUACGAUUCUUGCAGCACACUUGGUUUAUUCUAGAGAUGCGGGAGAUGCCGCAGCUUUCGCAAAGACUGCAACCGGUUUGUAG